CUCUCCGGUGGCGUUGCCUCCGUGUCGCUGCAGUGCUUUGCUGCGCUCCCUGCCGAUCCGUCUUUCUUUCUUCUCCUCUUUUACACGCGGCUCAUCUCUUCCUUCUUUCUCACCUGCGUGCCCCCCCGUCCCCCGCGUCUCCUUUCCCCUCCUCCCCGUUUUCUUCCCCUUCCUCCCUGCGGAUGCCUUCAGCCUCUCGCACCCCACCCGCACGCACUCGGCAUCCCGGCAAAUGGUCCCUCCAUCCACAGUGACUGUGGACGCAGGACGCAGAGAAGAGGCGCACCUUUCCGUUUUGAUCUGAUCCGAGCAUCACUGCGGAUUGACUUGGAAGAGGGGCGGAUCGGGGACCCUUGGGUAAAGAGCAGAAGCUUGAAAGCGCGGCCAAAAAUCUUACUUGGCAAUGCCGGUGCCAGACCAGCCAGCGGAACAGGAGAAGGGGGCGAUGGUUGCCCCCGUGAUGCCUGCCUCCAACGGCGACAGACCUGAGACGGAGACCACCUCAUCCAUCCUCGCGUCUGUCAAAGAGCAGGAGCUUCAGUUUGAACGUCUGACCAGAGAACUUGAAGCUGAACGUCAGAUUGUUGCCACCCAGCUGGAGAGAUGCAAGCUGGGAUCGGAUGCAGGCAGCAUGAGCAGCAUCAGCUCCACAGAUGAACAGUUUCGCUGGAAUGCUCAAGCAGAUGGACAAAAGGACAUCGAGGAUGAGUUAACGACUGGUUUAGAGUUAGUCGAUUCUUGCAUUCGCUCUCUACAGGAAUCAGGAAUUCUUGAUAGCGGAGAACGACCGGCUCUCCUUUCCCAGAGUUCCUUGCAGCUCAACUCCACCCCGGAGGCUUCGCUCCAGUACUCUGCCAGCUACCAUAGCAACCAGACCCUCGCCCUCAGCGACAGCAUUUCUGCAGCAACUCCUCAGCGCAGCGGGCAGGUUGGGGGAGCCGUGCACAGCUACAACCAGGUGACAUCUAGUCGUGCAGCCCAGCAGCAACAAUCACAAACUGGAGCAGGAUCAGGAAUUUACUACUCCAGCUCUACUUUACCUGCUCAGCGGGUCAGUUCCCCCCUUUCUGGGGGAGGAGGCUCAGGGUCAGGCUCUCCCAGCAAACACCAGCGUUUGGGAUCAGCCUCCGACACGCCAGGUUAUUCCACUACCCAACGCCUGCCUUCCUCUUCCCCCUCUUCCUCUCCCAGCAAACAGUCUCCUGCUAACCGACUGGCCAAGUCAUACAGUAGUACGGUUGCUGUAACAACAGCAGGAGGUGGGUCACCACUGAGGGUUGCAUCUCCGCCAAAUUCUACAGCAACAGGAGGAGGGAACAGUUCAUCAUCGUCCCCUCUUCACCAGAUGAGUUCUGGCAUAGGGAGCUAUGCCACUUUGUCUCCUAAGCGUCUGGCAGCUCACCACGCCUCCGACCAAUACAAGAUCUCUCACGAGCUCUACGCUACUGCUACACUACAGAGACCCGGCAGUCUGGCAGGCUCUCGUGGCUCCUACAGUAGUCAACACAGUCAAGAAGCUCUUCGGCCCUUAGGGUCCCCCGAGCACCACAUAGAUCCUAUCUAUGAGGAACGUGUCUAUCACAACAAGGGCCCUAUGAGGAGCCUUAGUCAGAGCCAGGGACCAGAUACAGGCCCCUACCGCAACAACACUGAACUGAUGAUGCAUGUCCAUAGCCAUGUCCGUGACCUAAGUUAUGUCCUUUGUCCCUACUUUGCCCCCAUAGCACCCUCUUCCCCUGGUGUCGACUCCACCCCUUUGCAGCGAACAGGGAGUCACGGCACUGGCACAGGUAGCUACAGCCGUGGUGGGACCAACAACUAUGCCACGGUGGGGCCAGGAUACACUUCAAGCGCUGGUGGAGGAGGCGUAGAUGUUUACGGGUCAGACCCUUACGUGGCAGACCCCUACCGCACCCUGCAGUACUGCCCCUCGGUGGUGGAAUCUCCUUACAGCAAGUCUGGGCCGGCCCUACCGCCUGAAGGAAGCCUGCAGCGUUCACCUUCCAUCGACUCCAUUCAGAAAGACCCAAGAGAGUUUGGGUGGAGAGAUCCGGAGCUGCCAGAGGUGAUCCAGAUGUUACAACACCAGUUCCCGUCGGUGCAGUCCAAUGCUGCAGCUUACCUGCAGCAUCUGUGCUUCGGAGACAACAAGAUUAAAGCUGAGAUCCGUAGACAGGGAGGCAUCCAGCUGUUGGUUGAUCUGCUGGAUCACAGGAUGAGUGAAGUUCAUCGGAGCGCUUGUGGAGCUUUAAGGAAUCUGGUAUAUGGCAAAGCCAAUGAUGAGAACAAAGUGACCCUGAAGAACUGUGGGGGGAUUCCUGCUUUGGUCCGUCUGCUUAGGAAGACUGGGGAUGUGGAAAUCAGAGAGCUUGUAACAGGUGUGCUGUGGAACCUGUCAUCAUGUGACGCCCUGAAGAUGCCGAUUAUCCAAGAUGCACUGGCAGUUCUGACCAACAGCGUCAUCAUACCGCACUCCAACUGGGACUCUUCUCCUGGUCACCUUGAUGAUCGCAAAAUCCACCUUCAUACUUCCCAGGUGCUGCGUAAUGCUACAGGCUGUCUCAGAAAUGUAAGCUCAGCAGGUGAGGAAGCACGACGGAGAAUGAGAGAGUGUGACGGCCUUACAGAUGCUCUGCUCUACGUUAUCCAGAUCUCCUUGGGGAGCAGUGAGAUCGACAGCAAGACUGUAGAGAACUGUGUUUGUAUUCUGAGGAAUCUGUCAUACAGACUAGCUGCUGAGACAUCCCACGGCCAGCAAGGUGGUCUGGAAGAGCUGGAUGGGCUGCUUUGUGAUGCAAAUGGAUGUGAAGGGGAGAGCUCUGGUUGCUGGGGGAAGAAGAAGAAGAAAAAGAAGGGAGUUGAGCAGUGGGAUGGUGUGAGUCCCUUUCCCGACACAGCCGAGCCUCCUAAAGGGGUUCAGAUGUUGUGGCACCCCACCAUUGUCAAGCCAUACCUCACUCUGCUUUCUGAAUGCUCAAAUCCCGACACGCUCGAAGGCGCCGCUGGAGCCCUACAGAACCUUGCUGCAGGCAGCUGGAAGUGGUCAGUGUACAUUCGGGCCGCUGUCCGUAAGGAGAAAGGCCUUCCCAUUCUGGUGGAGCUACUGAGGAUAGACAAUGACAAAGUAGUUUGUGCUGUCGCCACAGCUCUCCGAAAUAUGGCCCUGGACAUCAGGAAUAAGGAGCUUAUAGGGAAAUAUGCCAUGAGAGAUUUGAUCCAUCGGCUACCGGGCAGUAGUAGCAGCAGCAACAAUAACACCACCAGCAUUGGAACGUCAGGCAAUACUGGAACUCCCAGCAAGGCCAUGUCAGACGAUACGGUAACUGCCAUAUGCUGCGCACUACAUGAAGUGAUAACCAAGAAUAUGGAGAACGCAAAAGCUCUACGUGAUUCUGGCGGGAUUGAAAAACUCAUCGGCAUUGCCCGCAGCAAAGGAGACAAACACUCAGCAAAAGUGGUAAAAGCAGCCUCUCAAGUCCUCAGCAGUAUGUGGCAGUACAGAGACCUGCGCUCCCUCUACAAAAAGGAUGGCUACUCCCAGCAUCAUUUUGUGGGUUCUGCCUCAACAAUAGAGAGGGACAGACAGAGGCCCUACUCUUCUUCACGAACUCCCUCCGUUUCUCCCGUCAGGACAUCCCCAAAUAACCGCUCCGCAAGCGCUCCUGCCUCCCCCAGAGAGAUGACGAGUUUGAAGGAACGCAAGAUCGACUAUGAUUCCACGGCAACCAACGCUGGUUUCCAUAGCAACAAAGGAGAGCAUACAUCCCGGAAAGACGGCAUGGCAGUUCAAGUCUCCUGUGGGUCAUCUACGUUGUUCCGAAACUCUUACCUGACUGCCAGCGAUGAAAUCAAGCAAAACCAGAGUCCAGCCCCGCCCUGUGUUGUGCCCCCUCUGCCCCAGCAGGACAGCCCGUCAGCAACCAUGCUAAAAGACUACGACCUCUACCCCCCUCCUCCCUCAUUCCCCCAGCCACAGCCACCACAGCCUCCAUCUCACAGCCAGAGUCGGAGCUUCGACGAGGCCUACUACGACGAUCCAGGACCGCCGCCUGCGCCGUCGCAGCCGCAGCUGCAGGCGCAGGCCCAGCCUCAGGCCCAACCCCAGCCGCCUCCAAACGCCACCGGACCACCGCGAGACCCCCGGGAGGACCUUCGAAUGCACCUGGGCCUCAAGUCGACUGGAAACUACGUAGACUUCUACUCAGCCUCACGGCCGUACAGCGAACUGAACUACGAGACAAGCCACUACCCGGCUUCGCCUGAUUCCUGGGUGUAGUUUGACCAUGACAAUGGGAGGGAGGGAGCAGGAGAGGGUCUGUGUGAGCUUGUGUGACAGGCAUUAUUUUUUGCAGGAGAUUAUUAGCAGACUAAAACAAGGUUAAUCUAAGUGGCAGUUUUGAAAAAAAAAAAAAAAAGACCUUAAAAUAUGAUAGGAAAUUUGUGUUUUAAAAAAUAGCUGUGAAUGACUUUGAUGGAGCAAGAAGGGAAAUCAAGCAGAGUGACAAAGAGAAACUGUGCAUGUGCAUGCCAACAUUUGUUUUAUUUAUUUAUUUUUUUUCUAGACCACCUUACCUUUUUUAAAGUUAGCUCCAUUUCAUCCCAAAUUGGAGGAAGUGGGAGUUGAUAUGAGGAAGUACAGCAUGUAUAAGAAGUGGGGAAAAACAUGAGCGUGUAUGUAAAAGCCUUGAGUGGAGGCAUCAAGAAAUAAUAGGGUGCUGAUGAGGAAAGGCUCUCACUCUGUGAAGCAGGAAGUGGUCUCACCUUGUGUUACCAUCAGAGAUAAAGCGAGAUGAGAGACUGAGAUGGCAUGAGCGUUUUCAAGGAGGUGAGGAAAAAUAAAAGCACAGAGAAAGAUGAAAGCACACCAGCCUCAAGGGAAAAAGUGGAUGUUUACCAUUUCACCAAAGUGACAAACGUAGCACUGCUUUUAUUCAAUACUUUUUUUUUGUUUUUAUUGCCAAGACCUUGCUGCUUGUAGAGUCUUUGGAAUUUGUUUUCAAAGAAUGUCAUUUUGAAAAGACUGUAGAUCUUUUUUUUUUAUUAUUAUUAUUUUACAUUUGUUGUUUUUCUUUCUACUUUUUUAUAUUUACACAUUCUUAUUUCCUGCAUACGCCUAAAAAUGGGAUUUAAUGUGUAUAUUACACGUUUUGGAUGGACUGCUCAUACAAAUCCAGAUUUUUAUUUUCCGAAUGACUUUCCGAGUGAACUCAAAAAAAGCGAAACACGAACACGGCAAUCAGGAAAGACAGGCUAGCUGUGAGUGAACAAAUGAUUUUUAUUUUAUUUUAUUUUAUUUUAUUCCCUCAUUUUAUCCUGGGCCUGAGAGAAUUCCCUGCUAUGUUUGUGAUACG